AUGCCGCGAGUGCCCACGAUUCGAGAUGUUGUGCCUGGGGCGUACGUCGACAUUGUGCUCAAAGCGGACCAGCCGACGGGGCGCACUGUGGCCGGGACUGUCCAGGACGUGCUGACGAGGGGCAACCAUCCGCACGGCAUCAAGGUGCGGCUGGUCGAUGGCAGAGUCGGCAGGGUCCAGACCAUGGCAGCGGCUCCCGGUCACGGCCCGAGCACAACCACUCCCCAUGGCGAUCCCGGCCCCUCGUCGUCUACCAAUUGGGCUUCGCCAGGCCAGGGCUACGAUCACGAUCUGCCCUCGGGCCAGAUUGGCCUCGACGCCUUCGUGAAGCCUGCGAGACAGCGUCCGCCUGAAACGUCGACGUCGGCGAACUGCAAAAGCCAGAGUGGAGGCGGCAGUGUCGACGGCCCGACAGUGGCCCAGGAGACGUCAUCUUGUCCCGUUUGCAGCGCCUUUGACGGCGACGCCACUGCGGUUGCCCAUCACGUCGCGAGCCACUUUGACGACUGA